GUGAAUGUGACAGUAUCAGCAGCAGGACACAGUGACGCUACACGUUUGAAAUAUGUAUUUAUUCAGGUUCUGUUCGACCAUUGUACUACUGAUCAACUUGGCUAAUGGUCGAAAUAUUGAUCAACUGAAAUGCAAGGUGGACAUCGCUUUCGUUGUUGACUCCUCCAGCAGUAUAUGGGAGGUGGAUUUUGAAGUUCAAAAAAGGUUUAUCGAAGAUGUAGUUAGACGGUUUGACGUGAGUCCUGAAGAUGUCCAAUUUGCAGCAGUCUCCUAUAGCGCAAAUGUAUAUGACGAGUUCAGGUUCAAAACAAAUGCUGACCAAGCAAGUGUAAUUAAAGACGUUAGUAACAUUCGUUAUAGCGAAGGCCCAGCCACUAGGACGUACAAAGCCAUUGAACGCAUGCGCACCUAUCUAUUUGCUCCGGGCAACGGUGCUCGUGACGAUGCUGUCCAUGUGGGCAUUGUCCUGACAGACGGAACAACCAACCCCGGGGGCUAUGACAGAUAUUCUUCCAGACAGGGUAAGGCCGAAACGCAAAAGCAAGCUAAAUUAGCAAGGAACGACAACAUAUACAUGUUUGCUGUUGGAAUCGGAUCUUCCGUGAAUAUGGACGAACUCAAUGGUAUAGCUUCUGAUCCAGACGACACGUUUGUCAUCAAGGUCGACAGCUACAAUCAGUUAAACACGGAAAAAAUCAAAGAGGAACUGUCUUACAGGGCAUGUUACGCUGUCACAACACAGCCUCCUCCAGUCACAAGCUCUCAACCAAUUACACCAACCAAACCAUCUGGAGAAGAUCCAAAAGAAGUGUGCCAAGGAAAACCGGCAGACGUCUUUUUCAUAAUUGAUGAAUCCAGUAGCAUUCAUACAGCCCAGAACUUCCGGUUGGAAUUGUCCUUUGUGAAUCAGGUCGUCGACUACCUAGACGUAGGAAAUGACCUCACCCAUGUUGGGGUCAUAACCUUCAGUAGCAAUGCAACCAUGCGUUUCCCUCUCAACCGUUACACCAGUAAAGAUGAGGUAAAGACCGCCGUAAAGGCAAUAGACUGGCAGGGGGGAAACACCUACACCAACGAGGCUCUCAAAAUGCUCAUGAAUGAAGGUUUCACAGUCGGGAAUGGAGCUCGGAAAGGCGUGGCACAGGUUGGGAUAAUCGUCACGGACGGGAACUCUACCGACCCAUACAAGACUCGUAGACAAGCAGCGCAAGUUCUUAACAAGGGGAUUUACAUGUUUGCAAUAGGUAUUGGAUCCGUGAACAGAGCCGAGCUUAACACCCUGGCGUCCGACCCGAAUUCUGACUAUGUCUUUACUGUCGAGAAUCUUGGAGCUCUCAACACAAUCAAGGACAUUUUGGCAUACCGGGUCUGCAAAGAGGACCAACAAGACAGACCACAGGAAAUUUGUAGACGACAGGUUGCAGAUAUUGCGUUUAUUGCGGACGCCUCUACUAGUAUUGGACAGUCAGACUUUAAUAAGCUCAUCGGUUUUAUAAAGGACGUGGUAAAUCAGUUUGAUAUUGGAUUAGAUUCCACCCAAGUUGGCCUUAUAACCUUCGCCAAUACAGCACAGAUUGAGUUCAACCUCGAUACGUACACAUCAUCAGCCGAAGUAGAAAAGGCUCUCUCAAAAGUCCAUUAUAGAACAGGACUUACGUAUACCGCAGAGGCCAUACAAAUGAUGUUCGAACAGAUGUUCACAGCAGACUUUGGUGCACGGGGAAGCGAUGUACCGAAGAUAGGAAUAAUAAUUACUGAUGGGAAUUCACGUGAGCCCAAGAAAACGUACGCUAUGGCGGCAGCGGCGAAGGAACUAGGGAUACGCAUGUAUGCAAUAGGUGUCGGUCAGUACAUCGUUGAGGAUGAACUGAGGAUCAUGUCUUCUGACCUUGAUAGUUAUUUCAUGGUCGAUGACUUUUCCUCACUCAAUUCAAUCCGCCAGGCCCUCGCUCUAAAAACUUGCAAGGGAAGGAAAAAAGCCAAGGGAAAGCGAACGUCUGAGACAUGGGGACUAGGGAAGGGGCUCGAUGACGUAGUUCCUGCGGAGAUGGAGACGCUUAUUGACAUACUGAAAAAAGCUUCGUCGUUCAACUGAAACCACGCUUUAAAAUAUUCUAGUCAUGAUCGUUACCAUUACAAACAAACUAGUGGACUCUGAUCGCGGUCAGAAAAGAUUUUAAAGAGUGAGAUGUUGACAAAGUUGAUCACAAAUUUAUUCUACAAAACAAAGUAACCAAAGAUAUGGAAUAAAUAUAUGGUGAAGAUCGUUAAUGAUCUGUUAUAUUUUAAAGAUGAUGUCAGUUUCGUAAAUACAAAUGGAAAUUGAAACAUCGACUAACGAUAUGUGUUAACAAAGAAGCCGUUCAUCAGCAGUAAAGGAGAAUUAUUCAUAUCUUACACAUUAUAUAUGACGAGUGUACAUUAUAUAUACUUACGUAUAUAAUUUACAAAGAUUGAAAAUAAAGAAUAGAUUAUAUCUAUAA